AUGCAGCAGCCUCCAUCACCAUCACCUCGGUGGCCUAGAAGCAAGGUCUCCGACGGCAAACACCAGAUCCAAGCAAUAUUCCUGGAAGGCGCCGCUGCAAUCAUUUCACGAAUCUACUCGCAAUCGACCUCCGAUGGCGGCCGAAUAGUGGCUAUCCGAGUCAAGGACCCUCUCAUCAACAUUACUGUCCAUUGCGAUCCUCCGAAGGCUGAAUUACAUAUCAAUUCGGUUGAGAUUGUGAACAUCGGGAACGAUACAACCGGCACACUACCUGUUGGCUCAACAGUCCUCGAAGACAAGGUAGUCAGACGCACUCUAGCUCAAUACGGACUUUUCAAGUCGGACCGCGGGAGGGACGGGAUUACAAUGGCGAGUAGCCCUCAGUCCAUCAAAUCGCAGGCAGGAUGCAGUCCGAUCCAGGAUAGGAACAUCGCACUUCAGGAUGACAUACCACCGUCUCAAUCGCAAUUCUGGACCCAAAUUCACGGUGCAGCACGGCGAACUGAACAUGAUUCAGCAACUACCGUUGUGACCAGUGACAACACUCCUCUUCUAAAGUUGUUGAAGGCUCCAACGCUAAAGGAUGCGGCAGCAAAACCCACCCUCUUUACUAGCCAGGCCCAAGAUGAGGAUGAGAAUUCACUAGCUUCGCUAGCAGGAGUAGAGAAACCUGAAGAGCUAGUUCCAAUCGCUCCAGAAGUAUCCUUCAAAACCGCCACCCCUAUCGUUUCUGCACCUCUUCCCGAUCCUUUGAUAAAUCAGGCAAAGGAUGAAGGAAUCGAAUUGGUCUCAAAUCACACUAUUUCUGGAACAAAGUCCAAGUCCCAUCAGUUGCAGCCGCCAGAGUUAAGCGGUACUUCAACCCACCCACAGCAAAACAUCUCUCCAGCUGUUUCAAAUGAACAGUUCCGGCAUUUUCAGCGGUGGCGCCAGCAGGCAAGAGCAGGAAAAUACGUGCCGAGAUACAUUCAGAUGAUUCCCAAGGAUCAGGAGAAACUCUUAGUAUCUAGCGAUAGCUGGCAACCGCCUCUUGUUGGCCACCCGAUAAUACCGGGACAAGUACCGACGCUUCUUCUGGAACGCCUGACCGAUGCUGCUGAUAACCCAGAGGCUGAUAACCCAGAGGAAGCGGGUGUCAUUCCGGAACCUCCGCCGAGUUCACACGGUAAUGAGGACCAAACAAACACCGACAAUGAUGCAAGUAACGAUGGCCCAUCUGACAGCGAGGCGGAAGAAAACUCCAGCGAGACUGACGCAUCGCCUGUUUCAUGGUCUCCAAGUCCUACACCUGAACAACGUAGGAUGGCAUUGCCUCCAGAUAGUCCACCGGUGCUUCUGCACCAGCUGAAUCGAAACAUGAAAGACCUAGGCCCUCCUUCCCGGCAGGUUGACGAGUCAGGCACACUCGAAAAACAAUCAAUGGCUCGUGCUGGUGACUCUAUGGAUGCUGACUGCAAACCCGGUGGUCAAGUUUGCGAUCUAAACGAAUCUUCAUUAGAAACACCGCUGGCCAGUAUGGAACAAAUCGGCUCCGAUCCCCUGGGUCAGCAGAUCCGACCACACACGCAACCGGUCCAGGAAGCCGGGGAUGAUGAAAUGGACGCUGGCCAACUGGACGAGCUUGCUGCUCUCCCGACGAACCCAGUACUAGUCUCCAGUGCGAAGGUGGUGCAGGUUGAGCAGACACCAUAUUUCCGGAGAGGAUUCAGCCAUGAGCGACUCGAAUCCGCACUCACGCAUAGUAGAUCACAAGAUGCACUGCUAAGCAACGAUCACUGGAUAUCAUCAAGCUUCAUUCCAGGAUCUGUCGACGAAACAGCGCCUGUGGGUUAUCUACCUUCGACAAAAGGGUUUAACCUCCGUGGAAUGGCCCAAGGACAUAUGCCGGAACUGGGGAGAAUAGAUGCUACUGGUAGGGACAGCGAACCAGAUCUCAGGGCGGACCGAAGUCAGACUAUACAUGCAGUUGGGACUUUGGAGCUCGUCAAUUGUGAGGAUCAAUCUACGACAUACCUGGAAGAGCAGACAAACUCCGAUGGCCGUACGAAUGGUUCCAAAAAGCUCGAUGUCCGAGAUCGUCCAGCGGAGGCCCCUGGGACCACAUCAGGACACCACGGUGAUUCUGUUCUCAAAUCUGGGGACAAGGACAGUCUCCAGCGUCGCGGGCUUUCAGUGGACUUGGAUCCACAACCACUGAACGAGGGGCUCCGAAGGCCCAGCCCAUCUCUGACAGUUUCAGAGCCAGGGUCCAAUCUAGGCUCGCUUACAGCGAGGAAGGAGAAGCAGUCCCAAGUCAAGAGGAAACCACCGGGUGUCGAAGGCGUGGGUCGCCCAAACAAAAGACCACGGACAGAGACGACCGCUCACGAUAACAAUGUGCCCGACGAGGACUACGACGCAGUAUUCCCAAAGCUCAGAGAGUAUCGCCGAGAGACUUUGCCAUCCUUGAGCAAGCCAAAAUUCUCCAGAGUUCAUGCAGCCUCGUCAUCACCGAAAGACCCUGGCGGAGACGGUGACGUGUCCCGGGUGAGAGCCAUUCCUUCUCCCGCCAGAGGGCAGAACGUGACACCAGGAUCGGCCGUGGCAUCACGAACCUCCUCCUCGACACCACUCACCCGCAUGUCCACAUAUAAUGAAAUCGAACAGACGGAGGUCAGGACUCUACGGCGUGAAUCCGAUUCCGCAAUAUCAGAUCUUUCUUCUCGUGGCCAGGAGAUGUUGUUUUUCGAUUUCAAGUCCGCUUACCCUGAUUAUGAGGGAACUAUCAAGGAUUUUACUGGAUCAUGCCGCGUGCUCAGCAAGAUGAUGACUUGUGGUCAAGUGCUGCAUCCGUCUCUUUACGAUGAUGCCAUCUUCCAUCAUUACCACAGCUACCGACGGUAUCUGAGUGAGGAGGCGUUGAAUUGCGCCGUGCCCCUACCAUUCUAUGACUUCUACAAUGAGCGCGUUGACGAGCCAUCUCACUCGCAAAGGAUAGUGACCAGAUCAGCUCUUCAUUAUAUGCUAGGGAGUGGUGGGCCCUCUGAUGGUGCCCUCAACAACAUGCGAGAGCGGGGUGUUUUCCAUCCUAGCACUUCGCCAGAGGUGGCUAGGGCAGAAUCAAAGACGAGUAAAGGGAGGGUUUCUUCCACUCUCAGGCGUACCUCGGGACAAGAUGUACGCGACGUUGAUACACCUCAUCGGCCCAGGGAUGCUGUGGAGGAAUGGCGUCAAGACGCUUGGGGAACAGCAUCCCCUGAGCUUGGAACGCCUGACAUUGACCGAAGCUUGUCGGAUAUCCCUGUUCUAGACAUAUCGGUCGACGACAACCAGAGUCCAGCAUCUGGAUCCGCACCUGCAUCUGCAUCAAUGGGCAUAGGAACGGGCAUGGGUCCACCGCGAGGGUCCAAGAAACGCAGUCUUCCGUGGGAUCCGAAGGUGGUGGAAUCAAAGGGAAUGCCCAAGAGCAGAAGCUCAUUGGCAUCGACGCCUCAUGUUUCUAAACGACCAAGACUCUCAGCUAGUCCGUUUGUGAGACCGGCAAAACCAGCGGCGGCCACGGUCAAAGCACAAUCACAGCACAGGGAGAAAUCUCAGUCAGGUGUAGGGGCAGGGACAGGGGCAGGAGGAGCGACGAAGAUGGGACCAAAUUGGUGGAAGGACACAGACACGCCAUUCAAGAGAUUUAUGGAUGGUUAUUCCCGGUUGAAAUCCAACAAACAAGAGUUCAGUUGGGAUGCCAUUGGACUUGAGAAGCCCCGGGUUGGAGGGAUCGACCUUUUUGCUUGGAGGAGGUGA